AUGGUCUCCCUAUCCGAGGUCCAGGCCUCAAAUGCUCAGAUCGCGACGUCCCUGCCGCCCGGUCUCGUCGCUGUCUUCGUCGGAGCCACCAGCGGGAUCGGCGAGAGCACUCUAAAGGAAUUCGCACGCAAUGCUCGUCAGCCUCGUGUGUAUUUUGUCGGGCGCUCGCAAGACGCAGGCAAUCGCAUCAAAGCCGAAUGCCGCCAACUAAAUCCAGAGGGCGAGUUUAUCUUCAUCAAGGCGGAUUGCAGUCUCAUCAAGGCGGUGGAUGAGGUCUGUCGCGAGAUCAAGAACAAGGAGAAUGCCAUCAAUCUGCUCUUCCUCAGUUGCGGGACUGCCAUGUUCCAUACUGGUACGCAUUGUGAUAGUCUACAGUUAGUUUUUGAUGCUAAUGAGGACCCCAAAGAAACAUCGGAGGAGAUGCAUAUCCCCGUCGCUAUCGGAUACUAUGCCCGCACGCGAUUCGCACUCAACCUCCUCCCACUCCUGCGCGAGGCCACCAGUCUCCGACGCGUUGUCAGCGUGCUGGCGGGCGGCAAAGAAGGCGCAAUAGACCCCGAGGAUUUUCAAAUUAGGAAGCUUUCGCUCCUGGCCGCGCGUGCGCACCUCGUCUCCAUGACAGAUCUAGCGCUCGAGGUAUUGGCCCAACGCGCCCCGGAAGUGAGUUUCAUCCACGACUACCCAGGCGCUGUGAAGACGGGCCUUGGCAAAGACACCAGUAACAUCUACGUGAGCAUCAUGGGCGUCUUUCUGUUUCUGUUCGGAUGGCUGUUCUGCAUCCCGAUUAAGGAGGCCGGCGAGCGGCAUCUGUUCCUGGCGACGAGUGCGAAAUAUCCCGCCCGUGUUGCGGAUAAGUCCAUCAAGGUGGUCCCCGUGGCGGGGGAUGUUCAAAUAGCCGUGGGGACGGACGGGGAGAGUGGUAGUGGAGUGUAUAGUGUCAACUGGGAUGGGGAAGGCACUAAGGCCAAGGUUGUGGGUAUUCUGGCGAAGCUCCGCCGACAGGGAAUGGACACGCAGGUGUGGGAGCACACUGUGGGCGAGUUCAAGCGGAUUACGGGGGUUGGAGAGUAA